AUGGCCAUUCUCUCAAACCCCAUUUCUCUGCCGCCACCUCCACCGCCUCCACCGCCGCCGGAUUUCAACUUUGACAACCAAGUAAGCCCCACAAUUCUCAUAGCCAUAAUCAUCCUCUCCAUUAUCCUCUUCUUCUCCGCCCUCCUCCUCCUCCUUCUCCGAUUCUUCCUCAAGGCCCAAAUCAGAACAGAUCCCGAAGAUACCGCCGGCGGCGGCGCCUCUGCUUUCCAAGGCCAACUCCAGCAGCUCUUCCACCUCCACGAUGCCGGCGUCGACCAAUCCUUCAUCGAUACCCUCCCUGUUUUUCUCUACAAAGCCAUAAUCGGCCUGAAAUUAGACCCUUUUGAUUGCUCUGUUUGUCUCUGUGAAUUUCAACCCAACGAUAAACUCCGAUUGUUGACCAAAUGCAGCCAUGCUUUUCAUAUGGAGUGUAUCGACACGUGGCUUCUGUCCCACUCGACAUGUCCCCUCUGCCGUGCCGGCUUGAUUUCAGAUGUCGGAUUCCCCUCCAAAAUUGUUGGAGUUCUUGACUCUGUAAGUCAUAGCUCCAGAGAAAUUGGGGAAAUUCAAACCGGUUCCUUUCUGGGUUUUCUUGGGGAUGUGUUGGAUUUUGCUGAAAUGAAGCCAGAUGAGCCGCCGCCGCCGCCUGCGGCGGCGGAGCAGACGGUGGUUCCUAUAAAAUUGGGGAAGUUUAAAAGCUUGGAGAGUAAUGGAGAAGGGAGUAGCAACAAUGGGAAAGUUGAUUCGAGAAGGUGUUUUUCAAUGGGGUCAUUUGGGUAUGUAAUGGAUGAGAAUUCGUCUCUGCAAGUUCCGAUCAGGACGCCAGCGGUGAGGAAAGCAGCAAGGAAGAAGAGGAAUCUGCCAUUGAUGCCGGGGAGUCUAGCGGCGAUGUCGGAGUGCGACUGCGAAUCGAGGCGAGAGUUUAACUUUACAGAAUUGAAUGAGAAAGUUGAGAGCUUUCGCCAUGGGAGCUUGAAGGAGAGCUUCGUCGAAGAGAAGGUGGGCGGCACGAACCAACCCAGAUCGGAAAAUGGGAUGGGAAUGGCGGAGGAAGAGUAUCGGAGGAGAAAUAGUUUGGAAUGUGUUGAGAAUCGGCGGUCGUUUGUGAGGAGGACGUUGCAGUGGGUGAUAGGGAAGAACACGAAGAACAGUAGGAUUGUUCAUUCAUCUUUUUCAACCAAUGAUGAUCACGCUGAUUGUUCUGUGUGAUUCAUUUUGUAAUUCUGUUUGGAUUUAAAUUUUUGAAUGAUCAAGUAGUUGGAAAGU